CCGCUGCUGGCCUGGCUGCAGUUGAACCACGAACGGGCGUUGUUUCCAGCGUCUGCCAUUUUGAUCGCAACUACUUUGCGCGCAAUAGAUGGUGCGAGCUGACUCGUCGACAGCUAGCGCAGUAUUUUAAAGCACGGCUCCGUUCUUUUAGCCAAGAUGCUUUCCGCAGCCCAGCUACUCGACGAGUUAAUGGGCCGAGACAGAAACUUGGCCCCCAACGAGAAGCGAGCCAACGUGCGAUGGGACGACGAGAGCGUCUGUCGAUACUAUCUGUGUGGCUUCUGUCCAGCUGAGCUGUUUACAAACACCAGGUCCGACUUGGGCCCUUGUGAGAAGAUCCACGAUGAAAAUCUUAGAAAGACGUACGAGAAGAGCUCCCGGUUCAUGAAGGAGGGUUAUGAGCGGGACUUCCUGCGCUAUCUGCAGUCCCUCCUGGCUGAAGUGGAGCGGCGCAUUCGCAGAGGCCAUGCCCGGCUUGCCCUUUCCCAGGCUCAGCAGAACGCAGCGCAAGGUCCCAGUCCAUCUGGAAAGAAUGAUGAGAAAGUUCAGGUUUUGACGGAGAAGAUUGAAGACCUAGUUGUACAGAUAGAGGAGCUGGGGUCAGAGGGUCGAGUGGAAGAGGCUCAGGGAAUGAUGAAACUAGUGGAGCAGCUGAAGGAGGAGAGGGAACUGCUCAAUUCCACCCCCUCGACCAUUGAGAGCUUUGCAGCCCAGGAGAAACAGAUGGAAGUGUGUGAGGUGUGUGGAGCAUUUCUCAUUGUGGGUGAUGCACAGUCCAGAGUGGAUGAUCACUUGAUGGGCAAACAGCACAUGGGCUACGCUAAAAUCAAAUCAACUGUGGAGGAGCUCAAGGAGAAACUACGGCGACGCUCAGAAGACCCCCAAGGUGAAAACCCAGUGGUCAAAAGAGACCGCGAAGACCGCGAGCGAGAGAGGGAGGAGAGAGAGAAAAAACGCAAAGAGGAGGAGGAGAAGGAGAAGGAGCGUGAGAAAGAGCGAGAGAAGGAGAGGGAACGGGAGAGAGAGCGUGAGCGGGAAAGGGAGCGAGACAGAGAACGGGAGAGAGAACGGGAGAGAGACCGAGAUCGGGACAGAAGAGCGCGCAGAAGCCACUCCAACAGCCGCCAUUCCAGCCGGGCGUCGGACAGGAAAAGGAGCCGAUCCCGUGAUCGGCGACGGUCCAGGAGCAGAGACAAGGAGAGGGAGCGAGAGAGGGAACGCAAACGCAGCAGGAGCCGGGACAGAGACAGAGACAGGGAAAGGAGACGCAGCCGUGACCGCUCUGACAGAAAGCGACGCUCCCGCAGUCGCGACAGGAAGAGAUCCCGCAGCCCGGAGCGCAAGUCUCACCGCCACCGCAGUCGCAGCAGGGACAGAGACCGAGAGAGAGACAGAGACAGAGAGCGCGAGAGAGAGAGGUCGUCAAAGGACAAAGACCGUAAGGUGACAGAGGAGAGGAGCAGCUCUAAGAAAGACAAGCACUCUGAUGGUGAUGCAGGUACCAUAAAGGCUUCGUCAGAAGCGGAACCCAUGGAGACAGAGGCGGCUGCCCCUGUCUCCUCCCCUCUGCUUAAUGGCCAGCAAGAGCUCCUCCAUUCUGAAGGUGACACUCAGUCCAAUUAAAACUGAUCUGAUAGGACCUCAGAUCAGGCUCAGGUAAGUGCGUCCUCCUCCUCACUCCCCCCUGGCUCUCAACCCAACCCACCACACUCCCACUCUCCCUUCCUCUCCGUUUCCCAUCUUUCCUAGCCCACUCUCUCACCCUCCCUUUCAACCCUGUUUAUGUUCAGUUGAAUGCCUUUGAUUUUGUCUAUGAUGUACUAUAUGCAUAUAUUUUUAUCCUGUUUUUGAAUAGUGCAUCAUAAGUAUGCACUGAAGAUGAAGGACUAGGCCCGAUGAAUGAGAAGAAGGUAGAAAACAUUCACACAAAGCCAAGAGGGAAAGGCCAGUGUAACCCUGAGCAAACAUGCCCAGAGGUACCCCUCGUUUUGUAUCGGUUUUUGAUCCUUAUAGAUGCAUAUCUGUCUUUGUGGACAAAAUGGCAGAAAAAGCAUUAACCCAUCCAGUCAGAUUUCCUGGCUUGCCUUUAUUUACUAUUUGUUCUUCAUAUUGUUUUGUUCUAAUUAUUUUGAAGAUGUAGAAUGUAAAGCUUAUUACUCUUCAUGUAGGGAGCCAAUCCAACCAGUGUGUUUACAUGUUUGUAACUCAUUUUUCUUUCGCUCAUGUAAACACACUUCCAUACGUUUAGCCUUCGUCAAAGGUUUAUAUGAGAAACAAGCCGUUUGUUUUGCCAUGGAUUUGUUGUCCAGCUUACUGUGCUUGAUGAUGCCAUGCACUGUGUGUUUGGGGGGUGUUAUAGCAUAACCAACUAACUGAAGGUUAGGGUCUAUCGAAUGAAUUGCAGCUGACUUCCACACCUCACACAGCGUUGGUGUUGUGAGCGAGACCACAUGAGAAAAGGGCAAAUUAAAAAUCAUGGAUACUCUGACUGUCAAACUGUGCAGGUACUCACCCCAGGUACUCCUUUCUCUACCCACAUCCAUUUCUGAAUGCUGUUGCCUGUCAGACAAAUUAUAACUACUUUGUAUUACUCCACAACAUGAACAUCAAAGCUUGACUGUGUAUUUUUGGUUCCUUUUUUCCUGAUUUUCAAAUUUUGGGUAAAGCGAUGAGGAAAAUGCCAGAAUGGGGCUGACUGAUGUACCUUUACCAACCGGUGAAACCGCAGCCAAUGUUUGCACAUAUUCACGUCAGAAGUCGCUAAGGAAGCGUGUGAUGUGCAUUUUCACGUUGGCAAAGGGAACAUCAACAGCUCUGUCGCUUACGCAGAUCUAAGCUUGUGAUCAGCGCUUACAGUUGUUAGCCAAAGGUUACAGUAAUGAUCUGACCACAGUAGAACAAUGGGCUUUAAUAAAUACUGAUAUACUGCCGUUUUAAAAAGUGCUAGACUCUGGUUUGAUACUACAUUAAGAUUAGGACUCAUUACUUAGAUAUUGUUGCUCCUGCAGCAGCAGCUAAUGCUAUGAGCCUGUGUGGUUGUGGAGCUUUUGCUAACAGUAGCAUUUUGUGAACAUUUUUGCUCAACAGGGGAAGCUGGGAUUUCUGGAGGAAGAAGUGGACGAGCGCACCCAUCCUUACCCUGAACCUGACUCUUCGCUGCUUAAACACAAGGUGAACCACCAGUAGUGGCAUAUUUAAAAAAAAAAAAAAAAAGAAAAAAAAACAUUGAGAGGAAUAAAUACAUUGAAAUUCAUAUUGAGUUACCUGUGGUCUGACUGGAUACGGGUAGCUGUGGUUCAUCUGGUAUAUUUCUUGGUCUAGAUGUCAGGCAGGCAUCACUUUAAAUACCAAACCUAGAGGAGAUGUUCAAUGGGAUUAUGUUUUCUUAUUUUAAAAAUCUUUACACAUCGUCCUUGUUUCUUGACAUUUAGUAAACUGAAAUAAAAACAGUGCUUGUGGUUUGUUUUGGUUUGUCAGGCUCCACUUCACUUCCUGACCUCCUUGAAAAAAGUAAUUUGCCAGCGUAUGUAAAAUGUUAGACCCGUGAUUGGGUGUGUCUCAUUUCGCCUCCUCUUAGAGCUUACAUUAAUUGCUCUUGUCCCCUUACUGUAAAGUAAACUGAUUUCAUUUUGAUUACAUUUUUUUUUUUUGAAAAGUGAAUAUUUGUUUAUUUUUGCUCUGCUUUUAAUGCCCAUGUUGUCUUGAAAAUAAAAAGUAAAAACCU